AUGGCCGUUUUCCAGACUUCGAUCGCGAUCUUUGUCGCCCAUAUCAUCCUAUUGAUCGGUCUGCCGGCUUCAUUGGUCGCAGCUGUGCCUCUUAACAAUCCUGUGACAGCAGUCAACAAUGUGUUGGCCACGACCGAGAAGACAUUGGCCCCAUCAAGCUACUGGGUUUCCAAUGUGGAGCGCCAGGGCACUAUUCCCUUCGCCAAAACCCCCGAUUACAAGAUCUUCCGUAAUGUGAAGGACUAUGGUGCCAAGGGUGAUGGCUCCAGCGACGAUACUGCGGCCAUCAACAAGGCUAUCUCCUCUGGAGGCCGUUGCGGCAAGGGCUGCGACUCAUCCACCACUACUCCUGCCAUCGUGUACUUCCCUCCGGGUACCUACGUUGUCUCCAAGCCCAUCCAGCAAUACUACUACACCCAGAUCGUCGGUGACGCAGCUGAGCUGCCGGUCAUCAAGGCCUCACCCAAGUUCGCAGGUAUGGCAGUUAUUGACUCUGAUCCAUACGAGGACAACGGCGACAACUGGUUCACUAAUCAGAACAACUUUUUCCGCGCCAUUCGCAACCUGGUCAUCGAUCUCACCAGUAUGCCCCCCAGCGUUGGCGCUGGUAUUCACUGGCAGGUUGGCCAGGCCACUAGCUUGCAGAACAUCCGCUUCGAGAUGGUCAAGGGUGGUGGCGAUGCCAACAAGCAGCAGGGUAUCUUUAUGGAUAACGGAUCCGGUGGCUUCAUGUCUGACCUGACCUUCAAUGGCGGUAACUACGGCAUGUUCCUCGGCAACCAACAGUUCACCACACGUAACUUGGUCUUCAACGAUUGCCAAACUGCUAUCUACAUGAACUGGAAUUGGGCUUGGACUUUCAAGUCUGUCAAGAUCAACAACUGUGAGGUUGGCUUGAAUAUGUCUACCUCGCCCUCUAACCAGACUGUUGGCUCUGUCUUGAUGUUGGAUAGCAAACUCACCAAUACUCCAAUCGGCAUUGUCACAGCCUGGACCCAGCAGAGCAUCCCUGUUGGUGGUGGUGACCUCAUCUUGGAUAACGUCGACUUCUCUGGCUCUAAGAUCGCUGUCGCCGGUGUUGACGGUAAAACCAUUCUCGCUGGCGGCUCCGUCGUCGACAACUGGGUACAGGGUAACACUUAUACCCCAUCCAAGACUAUCAACAAGCGGGCUACCGAGGCUGAGCCUGAGGUGGUUACUGUUGUCGAGACAGUUACAGAGACAAUUCUUGCCUGUCCCGUUUCUAAGGGGCUUCCCGGUGGCAGCGCCCUGGGUAGCGAUGUUCCGGCGCCUGCCAAAACUUCAUCCCUCGAGACGGCGCCUGCACCCUCGCCUGCUCCGGGGGCCAGUGAUGAUCGUUCUUCCGCAGCUCCGGUGCCCUCCAAUAGCGGCGACGACAGUGCUCGCUCUGCCUUGCCCCCGGUCCUCACUGAAAUCCCUGGCCUGAACACUAUCCUCUCCAUCAUCGAAGGAGGCUCUAAGAACUCCGAAGUUCCCGAGCCUACCCCUGCUCCCGCUCCAUCUGCUGAGCUUCCUGCAACUUCUGCGGUACCCGUUGAGCCUUCGCCCCCGAGCGCUGUUUCUGUUAACAAGCCCGCUGUUCCUGUCACCGCUACUGCUGCCCGUCCCCACAGCACUGGUAGUGGAUCUGAUACCACCAAGGGCUCGCAAUCUGGUAGCGACAGCAGCGGCUCUGGCACUUGCGGUGCUCACCAAGCUGUCACCUCUGCCCGCACACAGAGCACCAUGAAGACUUCUUCCAAGCCUGCCAGCCUUCUCAAGAACGGCGCUGUCUUCGAACGCUCUAAGCCUUUGUACACCGACGUUGCGGCUUCCUCCUUCAUCAGCGUCAAGUCCGCUGGUGCCAAGGGUGAUGGUACCACCGACGACACCGAGGCUAUCCAGAAGAUAUUCGACAGCUACAAGGAUGGUCAGAUUAUCUACUUCGACCACGGUGCCUAUGUCAUCACCUCCACCAUCAAGGUUCCCAAGGACAUCAAGAUCACUGGUGAGAUCUGGCCCAUGCUCAUGGCUCACGGCCCGAAGUUCAGUGAUCAGGAGAAGCCAGUCCCGCUCUUCCAAGUUGGCCAAAAGGGUGACACCGGCUCCGUCGAGAUGAGCGACCUCAUCAUCACCACCAAGGGUGCCGCCCCCGGCGCCAUUCUCAUGGAAUGGAACGUCGCCGGCACAUCCCAAGGCUCUGCCGGCAUGUGGGAUGUCCACUUCCGCAUCGGCGGGGCCGCCGGCACCGAGCUGCAGAGCGACACCUGCCCCAAGACGCCCAAGGAGAAGACCACCCCCAGGAAGGAAUGCAUGGCCGCCUUCAUGCUGCUGCACGUCACCAAGACCGGCAGCGCCUACCUCGAGAACACCUGGUUCUGGACAGCCGACCACGAGCUCGACCUGAAAGACCACAACCAGAUCAACGUGUACACCGGCCGCGGCGUGCUCAUCGAGUCACAGAACCCCGUCUGGCUGUGGGGUACUUCGUCCGAGCACCACCAGCUCUACAACUACCAGGUGUCCAACGCCAAGAACGUCUUCAUGGGUCUCAUCCAGUCCGAGACUCCAUACUACCAGUCCAACCCGACCUCUCUGACCCCGUACACCCCCCAGGACUCCUGGAACGACCCCACCUUCGCAAACUGUAAGACAAACUCCUGUCGGAAAGCCUGGGGUCUGCGUGUCCUCGGCUCAUCGGAUGUGUACAUCUACGGUGCUGGUCUCUACAGCUUCUUCGAGAACUACGCUCAAUCUUGUCUUCAGUCUGAGGAUUGUCAGGAGAAUAUGGUUGAGGUCGACUGCUCGGAUGUCAAGCUGUACGGUCUUAGCACUAAGGCCGCUGUUAACAUGGUCACUUCUUCUGAUGGGAAGCAGAUGGUUCCUGGGAAACCGAAUAAGAGUAACUACUGCUCCACGAUUGCACUCUUUGAGCAGUCUGCUUGA